AUGCAACCUGUGCGUAGAGAUGUCAAAAUGAGUGAUUUAGACGUGGUUUCACCUGGUGGAGAGCUUGCAACUCAGCUAGCAACUGGAUUCAAUGGCACCACUUUUGCAUUUCCUAAUGCAUUAGACAUCGACCAAGCUAAUCAAAUUGUUUACUUCACAGAUGCUGGCGCAAUAUUUUUCUCCAGGAAUCUUUCCACGAUCAUCCAGAGCAAUGACACUUCAGGAAAGUUAUACAAAUAUGAUGCAAGAACUAAAACGUUGUCAUUGUUACUAAAUGGACUGUCUGGACCACUUGGAGUUGCUGUAAGCAAGUAUGGUGCAUACCUUCUGAUUGAUGAAUAUAUUGCAUCGAGAGUUCGAAGAUACUGGGUGAGUGGUCCAAAGGCUGGCUUCUCAGAAAUAUUGGUCAAUCUUCCAGGGAGCCCAGAUAACAUUAAAAGAACCAUUUCGGGGGAAUUUUUUGCAGCUGUGACCAUUUUAAAUCGGCAAACUUUUCAGACAACUUCGUCUGUUGGGCAAAGGAUCAAUGGCGAUUUGGGCAUUGUUUACAAAUAA